CCGGGUAGUGGGAUUAGGGCCUAGCGGUGAGCAAGCAGAGCCUCCACCCAGCACCGACCCCACACAGCGGCUUGGGCUCCCGGCAAGGUGAAAGUGGAGCCAGGGUUGGCGCUGACGAUCCCCUGGGAGCUGUUUAUCUCCGACUUGAUCCAGUAGAAUGUCUGAAGGUGAAGGAAAGGUGGCUCCGGGCACCGGUUCUGAUGCGAAGUCUGAUAGCGUGUCCUCCGUGUCUCCACCGGUGAGCGCCCCCGCCGUGCCUGCGCAGGAAGAGGAAGAGGAGGAAAGCGAAGAUGAGUCUGAGAUCCUCGAGGAGUCUCCCUGUGGACGUUGGCAGAAGAGGCGUGAGGAGGUAAACCAGCGCAAUGUUCCUGGCAUCGAUAGCGCCUACCUGGCUAUGGACACGGAGGAAGGCGUCGAGGUCGUCUGGAACGAAGUGCAGUUCUCUGAACGCAAGAAUUUCAAACUCCAAGAGGAAAAGGUGAAAGCCGUGUUCGAUAACCUCAUCCAGCUGGAGCAUCUCAACAUAGUCAAGUUCCACAAGUACUGGGCUGAUGUGAAGGAGAACAGAGCCAGGGUGAUCUUCAUCACAGAGUACAUGUCCUCCGGGAGCCUGAAACAGUUCCUGAAGAAGACAAAGAAGAACCACAAGACUAUGAACGAGAAGGCGUGGAAGAGGUGGUGCACCCAGAUCCUGUCGGCACUCAGUUAUCUGCACUCCUGUGAUCCCCCGAUUAUCCACGGAAACUUGACCUGCGACACCAUAUUCAUCCAGCACAACGGGCUCAUAAAGAUCGGAUCUGUGGCUCCUGACACCAUUAAUAAUCACGUGAAGACCUGUCGGGAGGAGCAGAAGAAUUUGCACUUCUUUGCCCCAGAGUAUGGCGAGGUCACCAGCGUUACCACGGCGGUUGACAUCUACUCGUUCGGGAUGUGCGCGUUGGAGAUGGCCGUGCUGGAGAUCCAGGGGAACGGGGAGUCGUCGUACGUCCCCCAGGAGGCUAUAAAUAACGCCAUUCAGUUCCUGGAGGAUCCGCUGCAGAGGGAGUUUAUCCAGAAGUGCCUCGAGGCCGAUCCCAGUAAGCGGCCUACGGCCCGUGAGCUGCUCUUCCACCAGGCCCUGUUUGAGGUCCCGUCUCUCAAGCUGCUGGCAGCGCACUGCAUCGUGGGACACCAGCAUAUGAUCGCAGAGAAUGCUUUGGAGGAGAUGACCAAGAACCUUGACAUGACCGCGGUGUUCGCCGAGAUCACUCACCCCAACCGCGAAGGAGUUCACUUGAUGUUCUCUCAAUCCCCCGCCCUGGAGCUGGACAAGUUUCUGGAGGAUGUCAGGAAUGGGAUUUACCCCCUGACCGCCUUCGGGAUACCCAGACCCCAGCAGCCCCAGCAGGAAGAGGUAACUUCUCCUGUCGUGCCCCCUUCGGUGAAGACCCCCACUCCGGAGCCUGCGGAGUUAGAGACCCGUAAGGUGGUGCAGAUGCAGUGCAACAUCGAGUCCGUGGAUGAGGGCGCCAAGCACCACCUCACUUUGCUGUUAAAACUGGAGGACAAGCUGAACAGACACCUGAGCUGUGACCUGCUCCCCAAUGAAAACAUUCAGGAUCUGGCCGCAGAGCUGGUCCAGCUGGGUUUUGUCAGCGAGGCUGACCAGACCAGACUGGCCUGCACCCUAGAAGACGCUUUCAGCAAGUUUUACUUUGCCCGUAACGGAAGUCUGACGGCCGUAACGGUUUCGUCGUAGCAGGGACACCGCCGAGGGCCCGUCCGCGCAUGGCCUGGGGUCUCGUCUUCUGCAGCGGCGUUGGCCCCCUUGGCUGGGGUUUGAUGCCUUGUUACACAGAUGCCAGCCGUGCAUCUCGGGCCUCCUGUUUCUAUAUGCUGUAGUUGUGCUUCUGCCUCUCAGGGGCCGCACGUGGGCUGUAAGAGGGCCACGUCCCGUUUCAUCUGUACAGAGGCAGCCGUUUAGCUGCUCAGAUACUG